CUAUUUUUCAAAAAGAGAAACCGUGUUUGGGGAGGAAUCGUAUCUCUGUAUUUCUCCUUUCCGCCUCAUCGAGGGUCACAGUUGGAACUUUCCACCAAUUCUUUCCUUUUUUUCCUCUCUCUAGCCUUGGCCCCACUGCUCUGCCUGUCACAGUGAAGUCAGCAGCAGGCCUCCAGGGCAUGGCUGUUAACCUCUACGAAAUUUGUCAGAAGGAUGUCAGGUAUUUCUUAUCGGCUUCCCAAAAACUUAGAUAAGGAAAUAUUUCCCUGGAGUGUCCCCUUCAGGCUGCAUUUGGACGCUGUCUUGAGUUGAAAGAGGAGCUGGAGGACAACAGCAGAGAAGCAGAGAGAAAGAUGCCCCAGGGCUGCAGGCCAACCCAGGUGGACAGGCUGGGCGGCAGUCAUAACCACCUUGCGCGGACAACGCUUACUUUCUAGGGAGAGCUCCUGGCCCAUCAACAUUAUGCUGCUUUUCCUUAUCAUUCUGUUGCCAGUAGUUUUUAAGUUUAGUUUUGUUAGCCCCUUAGCACUGCAGCGCUGGAACUGUCCUGAAGGCUUUCCCUCAGGAGAUGGGAAUUCUGAUCGUGUGGGUCCUGCGCCCUUUUUAAUUUUCUCUCAUGGAAGCAGUGUCUUUCGGAUUGACUUGGAAGGAACAAAUCAUAAGCAAUUAGUGGCAGAUGCUGGCAUAUCAGUGAUCAUGGAUUUUCAUUACAAUGAAGAAAGAAUCUAUUGGGUCGAUCUAGAAAGACAACUUUUGCAAAGAGUUUUGCUGAAUGGGACAAGGCAAGAGAAAGUAUGCCAUAUAGAGAAAAAUGUUUCAGGACUGGCAAUAAAUUGGAUCAAUGAAGAACUUAUUUGGUCAAAUCAACAGGAAGGAAUCAUUACAGUAACAGAUAUGAAAGGAAACAAUUCCCGUGUUCUCUUAAGCGCCUUAAAAUAUCCUGCAAAUGUAGCAGUUGAUCCAGUAGAAAGGUUUAUGUUUUGGUCCUCAGAGGUGGCUGGCAGCCUUCACAGAGCAGACCUCAGCGGUGUGGAAGUGAAGCUUCUGUUAGAGACGUCAGAGAAAAUUGCAGCUGUGUCAUUGGAUGUGCUUGAUAAACGGCUCUUUUGGAUUCAGAACAAUAGAGAAGGAAGUGAUUCUCGUAUUUGGUCCUGUGAUUAUGAUGGGGGUUCUGUACAUUUUAGCAAACAUCUCACACAGCACAAUUUGUUUGCAAUGUCCCUUUUUGGUGAUCGUAUCUUCUAUUCAUCAUGGAAAAAGAAGGCAAUUUGGAUAGCUAACAAGCACACUGGCAAGGAUAUGGUUAAAAUUAACCUCAAUCUAUCAUUUGUACCACCUGGUGGAAUUAAAGUAGUGCAUCCACUCGUCCAGCCCCAGGCAAGAAGUGCUGCUUCGGCCUCUGAUCAGAAACUCUGCAAACUGCAGAAAGGAAACUGUAGAGGCAGCAUGUGUGGGCAAGAGCCUAAGUCCCGUUUGUGCACGUGUGCAGAGGGAUACGCUUUAAGUCAAGAUGGAAAGAACUGUGAAGAUGUCAACGAGUGUGCCUUUUGGAAUCACGGCUGUACUCUUGGAUGUGAAAACAUCCCUGGAUCCUAUCACUGUACAUGCCCUGUAGGAUUUGUUCUGCUUUCUGAUGGGAAACGGUGUCACCAACUAAUUUCCUGCCCAAACAAUGUAUCUGAAUGCAGCCAUGACUGUGUUCUGACAUCAGAUGGUCCCAUAUGUUUCUGUCCUGAAGGCUCAGUGCUUGAGACAGAUGGAAAAACAUGUACUGGCUGUUCAUCACCUGAUAAUGGUGGAUGUAGCCAGCUCUGCAUCCCUCUCAGCCCAGUAUCCUGGGAGUGUGGUUGCUUUCCUGGAUAUGACCUACAGCUGGACAAAAAGAGCUGUACAGCGUCAGGACCAGAGCCUUUUUUGCUUUUUGCCAAUUCUCAAGAUAUUCGACACAUGCGUUUCGAUGGAACAGAUUAUGGAACCCUGCUCAGCCAGCAAAUGGGAACGGUUUUUGCCCUAGAUCAUGACCCUGUGGAAAAUAAGGUGUACUUUGCCCAUACAGCCCUGAAGUGGAUAGAGAGAGCUAAUAUGGAUGGUUCCCAGCGAGAAAGGCUUAUUGAAGAAGCAAUAGAUACGCCAGAAGGUCUUGCUGUUGACUGGAUUGGCCGUAAAUUCUAUUGGACAGACAGAAGGAAAUCUCUCAUUCAAGGGAGUGAUUUAAAUGGAAAAUACCGUGAAGUAAUCAUUAAAGAGGAUAUCUCUCAGCCACGAGGAAUUGCUGUUCAUCCAAUGGCCAAGAGAUUAUUCUGGACUGAUAUGGGGAUUAAUCCACGAAUUGAAAGUUCUUCCCUUCAAGGCAUUGGCCGACUGAUUAUAGUUAACUCAGAUCUGAUCUGGCCCAGUGGAAUAACGAUUGAUUACCUAACUGACAAGUUGUACUGGUGUGAUGCCAAGCAGUCUGUGAUUGAAAUGGCCAAUCUGGAUGGUUCAGAACGCCAAAGACUUGCCCAGAACGAUGUAGGUCACCCAUUUGCUGUGGCUGUGUUUGAGGAUCAUGUGUGGUUCUCCGAUUGGACUAUGCCAUCGGUAAUAAGGGUGAACAAGAGGACUGGCAAAAACAGGGUACGUCUCCGAGGCAGCAUGCUGAAGCCCUCAUCACUGGUUGUAGUUCAUCCAUUGGCAAAACCAGGAGCAGAUCCCUGUUUGCAUCAAAAUGGAGGCUGUGAACAUAUUUGCAAAGAGAGGUUUGGAAUUGCUCGGUGUUUGUGUCGUGAAGGUUUUGUGAAAGCCCCGGAUGGAAAAGCAUGUCUGGCUCUGAAUGGCCAUCAGAUAUUGGCAGGUAGUGGACCAGAUCUGAGUAAUCAAGUAACGCCAUUGGACAUCUUACCCAGGAGUAGGGAGUUUGAAGAUAACAGUACAGGAUCUCAACAGAUGCUAGUGGCUGAAAUCAUGGUGUCAGAUGACGAUGACUGUGGUGCCAUGGGAUGCAGUCCACAGGCUCAGUGUGUUUCAGAGGGAGAGGAUGCCACGUGUCAGUGUUUGAAAGGAUUUGCUGGAGAUGGAAGACUAUGUUCUGAUAUAGAUGAAUGUGAGAUGGGUAUCUCAGUUUGCCCUCCCCGCUCCUCCACGUGCAUCAAUACUGAAGGUGGCCACGUCUGCCGAUGCUCAGAAGGCUACCAAGGAGAUGGGAUUCACUGUCUUGACUCUACUCCGGUGUCUUACCUCAGGGAGGAUGGCCCCUAUUCUGUGAGAAGUGUGUACCGCAAAUGUCCGCCAUCCUAUCAUGGGUACUGUCUCAACGGUGGUGUGUGUACUUAUCUUGAACUAAUCAACCACUCUGCCUGCACCUGUGUUGUUGGCUUCUUCGGGGAGCGAUGUCAGUCUCAAGACUUUACAUGGUGGGAUCUGCGCCACGCUGACCACGGGCAGCAGCAGAGCAUCACCGUGGUGGCUGUCUGUGUGGUGGCACUGGUCCUGCUGCUGCUCCUGGGGCUGUGGGGGGCUCACUACUACAGGUCUCAGAAGCUGCUAUCGAAAACUCCAAAGAAUCCUUAUGAAGAGUCCAGCAGAGGUGUGAGUGGUAUCGGGCCUGCUGAUGGCGAGACUGGGAUGUCCUCUUGUCCCCAACCUUGGUUUGUGGUUAUAAAGGAACAUCAAAACCUCAGGAAUGGAAGUCAACCUCUAGCCCUCGAGGAUGGCCUGGUAGCAGAUGUUGGCCAGUUUUCUUCUCUGGAGCCUGGGCCACUGCAGUCACCACCGUGGAGGAAGGAGCCCCAGAUGUAUAUGGGCGCAGAACAAGGAUGCUGCAUCCCUUCAUCUGGUGACAAAGGCUCUGGUCUCCAGGGGAUGAAGUGUAGCUUUCAUCUACCCUCCUGUGGGGUACGACCCAUUGCUGUGGGGCUUGAGAAGUCCCAUUCUCUCCUGUCAGCUAACCCAUUAAGGCAGCAAAGAGCCCCAGAUCCACCACACCAAAUGGAGGUGACUCAGUGAAAACUGGAAUUGAAAGUAAGCUCAAGAAGAACAAUUAUUGAUGGCCAGUAGUAUUUCAUUUCAAAAAGUAGAGGAAAAACAAAUUUUUGUUCUACUGUCUCUAUAGCUAAUCACCUACUCAGCGUCAGAGACAAAUACACAUGGUGAUUUUGUGUCUUCCUUCAAGUAGUCUCACUGCGGGUUUUCAAGUAAAAGUCACUGGGAGAAUCACUGUAUAACUCAUUAGAAACCAAAAGGGGGACAGUAGUGCUUUGUAAACUGUGUUGUCUUCUAUAAUCAGUACACACAGAUUUUUUUACCUGCAGCCCCAGAAGAAAUCUGGGGUUAAAGCAAUCAGUCAUACAGUUACAAUUUCUUUUAUCUGGACAGAACAUUUACCUUAAUCUUAUGAAAUGGUUAGAAUAUUAAAAUUAUUAUUACAAUACAUUAUAGGCAUUUAAUUUUUCAUUAGUGUGGUCCAUGCUGGUAAUUUUGCAGAAUAAAUUUUGAUAAAUUAAUGGAAAAUGUACUAACUUAGAACCUGAUCUCUUAAGAAUUAGAUGGCUUUUUUUUUUCUGUUUUAAAAUCUUUGAAUGAAAACACUGAACUUUUAAAACAUUACCCAAGAGACUUGUGUUUCUCAGUCAUUACUGUCCUUUCUCCCACAGUUUUUUUUUUCUAAUGAAAAUGGUAAAUUCCCCCUUUGUGUGUUUGCACAGAAUUUUUACUUAUUUUCAAAAUAUGAGAUUAUAAGCAAAUUACCUGAUUUAUUUUCAUUUUGGACAGCAAUCAGUUUCUUCUAGUUAUUUAAAUAAAAUCAGCAUUAAACGAAAAUUUUAUUGUACACUUAGUUAAUAAGUUAUAGUUUAAUUUUUAUGUGUAAUUUAUAAUUUAUUUAUAAUUUAAUUUUAAUUAAGGAGAUGUUAGAGUCAAGCCAAAAUGAUUUACAAGCUUGCUAUUGUUACUUUAGAAAAAAAAGAAUUUGAAAUCUCUCUGAUGUUAUAAAGUAAAAUUUCACAAGGUGUUCCAAUUAAAUAUCAUUCUUGCAGCCAAAUCAUUGUUACUAUGAAUUACACAACCUAAUACAGUAACUGGAUUGUUUUGGGCUUUGGAUUAUUCAGUUUAUGCAUUAACUAUUCCCUUUGCUUAUCUUUUCUUUCCUUUCUCUUGAACUCCUUGGACUUUGGUUAUACCAGAAGUCAGCAUGAAAAGGAGUUGAAGCACGUCUCAGGUAGAUACUUCUAAGUUUUAGUAAAGAUUUGGUGAGGGGAGGAUAACUUUUAUUAAUUAUUCAGCAUGACCCUUUCCCUCAGUUAAUUCAGAUUUUUCUGUAUUCAGUUUUGCUUUAAUUGACAGUUGAUAACCUGGAGGGUCAGAAGAGACCUGUCUUUUAUUUCUAAUGAGUGAAUUGACCCCAGAAAAACAAUAGUCAUAAUUCCCUUAAUGAUGGGGAAGUUACAUUCCUAAGGGUAAAUAUUUUUCCUUCUUCCACAAGUGAGCAUUUUUCUUUUAGCACGUGUUUCUUUUAGGAUUCCAAUGAUAACCAAAGAGAUAACAUGAGACCACAGUGGCCCAAAACCUAGCAUUAACUUUGAACCGUUAUCUUCAAGUUGUUCAGUGACUUGAUACCUCAUAAACUGGGACCAUGUGUUCUUGACCAGGCUCAACACCGUCUCCCUAGUCAGAGGAAAGAAAAACACACACUUUGUGUCCUUUAGUCAGCAAGUCACCCUGAAGUGAUUUUCUUUUGUUGAUGUUCCACGUCUCUACUAGAAAUAUCCUUCUUUAAAAACCUGUUUGUAAAAAAGGACAUUUUUAUCUGAGAUAUUUGAUUUGCAUUUUUUCCAGAGUGAAUAUUUUUGUUUCCUAAACCUCAUGGUCUCAUUGUGCACAAUGCGUGACUGUGAUUCUAUUUGACUAAAUGUCACCUACUACAUAUAGCAUGAGCAUUCUGCCUGCUUCUCCAGCACCUAAUAGAAGGUUUAGCACACUCGAUUCUUUUGAAACCAUAUGGUUCCAGGUCUACCUGUUAACCUUGAUUUCCAACUUUUCAUGUGAAUAAAUGAUUAUCGUGUGAUAAUUGAAAAUAUGUUAAAAGCACUAAAUAAGAAAAUAUUAAAAAACAUACAUGCAAACCAACAAAAAGUCUGGGAGAAAGGAAAUAGCUGGGUAAUUCAAGCAGCUGUGACAGGCAAGAUUUUGCUGUUUUGUUUUUACUUUUUCUUCUUUUUUAAAGUCCUUAAAUGAGAAGCUCUCUCCACAUUGUUUCAUGCUGAGUUCUUCAACUCCAGGUGUGCCUGAAGCAGAGUUCUUGCCCGUUUGGAACUUGUAGCCAUAUGCUUACAACAACGUAGCUCAGUAGGAAAAAAUGUGACGGAUGCUGAAUCUUAAUCACUCAUAUAUCUGAAACAGACGUUAGCAAGCACAUAAAUUACCUAGCUGGUGGUCAUUUCCUUUUCUUGCCUCCUCUACAGUGAAUAGUUGGCCUUCUGACAUGGUUCAGUUUCCAUUUCUGGUGGGCCAGAAGGAGCAUUACGACAUGCCAUACUCAGCAAGUAAGCCUUUAGAGUGCAUUCUAAACUUAAAGUGGUCAAUCCCAGAUUAUUGCCUGAGUUACUUGGGUUCUUAUUUUCCAUUUAUACCACUCAUCUGCCAAAAUGAUAAAGUAUAAUAAAGUGUAGUAAAACUGUA